AUGUUAUUACUUUUGAUCAUUGCUGGUUUUCAAACAUCGUCUGCAGCAUUAUCUUUCUUCAUUUAUCUCAUCAGGAAAUAUCCACGUGUACAAAAGAAAACUGAAAUCAAAUUAAAAAACAAUGAAAAUAAUCAAAAUUUAACAAUGGUACGACUUUACUGGCUCAUCUAUUUAGAUGCUAUUAUCAAUGAAGUACUUCGUUUUACUUCACCUUCUAUCGGUACAAAUCGUAAAUUGAUGGCAGAUUACCAUCUUCCAUAA